UGUACUGUAUCCCUCUCUCCGCUGCGCGAGCACACCGAGCGCCGCGAUGGCCGAGUCCCAGCUCACCUGUCUGGACGACGAGCACGUGAACGCCAAGAUCCCGGAGUCCCGGCCCGAGUUCUACUACAGCGAGGAGCAGCGCGCGGCCCUGGAGCAGCUCCUCCGGAACGGGGACGGAGCCUUCAAGAUGCGACUCAAAGAGGACAACGUCAAGGACUUCCUCUCGGCGCGCGAGGUCCGCUGGAUCCGGGACACGUUCCGGGAGUACGACGCCGACGGAGAGUCGGAGCCCUGCGGCUCUCACGCGCCCAGAGACCCGAGCGCAGACUCGGGGGUCCACUCCACCUACUGGCCCACCAUGUCCGACACCGAGGUCCCGCCGCUGGACAUCGGCUGGCCGAGCGGGGGCUUCUACCGGGGGGUCACGCGGGUGUCGGUGUACUCGCAUCCCCCCAAAGAAAACGGGCCUCAUAUCAAGGAGGUGGUCCGGAAACUCAUACAGGAGUCAACCAAGGUGGUGGCAGUGGUUAUGGACCUCCUGACUGACCUGCUGAUUCUGCAGGACCUGCUGGAUGCGGGCAGUAAGCGUGGCGUGGCUGUUUACCUGCUGCUGGAGGAACAAGGCCUGCCGCACUUCCUGGACAUGUGCAGCCGCCUGCAGAUAUCCGCCCAGCACCUACGGAAUCUGCGGGUGCGGACCGUGAGGGGCUCUGGUCUGGCUUUGUCCUUUGGCAAACUCCCAGGAUCCAUGUGUUCUAAGUACAUGCUGGUUGAUGGAGAAAAGGUCAUGUUUGGCUCAUACAGCUUUACAUGGACCUCCUCCCGGAUGAACCGCAACACUGUAACAGUCAUGACUGGCCAGAUCGUGGACUUCUUCGACAAUGACUUCAGAGAGCUGUACGCAGUGUCUGAUAAGGUGGACCUGUACCAGGAGUUCCACAUCACUAAACCCCCAAUGGCUGCUCCAGUCAUAAAAACCCCGGCUGCUCCCAGCCAACCGACAGUGCCCGUGACCAGCUCCCGCUUCCAGGUCUCUCUGGAAGACUCCAAACACGUCAACCUAAAGGUUCCUGCACACAAGUACCACAAUCCCAAGUAUGCCCUUGUGGUGGGCAACAGUCUUGGGAUCACUGGAUCUUUGCAAGACCUCACCAAGCUCAAGGACUAUGCUGGACAAAACAAUAUAGAGAAAUUACUCCACACCAGCGGGGGCAGUGCUGAGCAUGCAGACUCCAAGCCUCCACAGACCCCCGCAUCUCUGAAAGACACAGAUGAGAAUAAGGGAGAUGUAGCGAAUCCUUUGCUGUUCGGUUUAAAAAAGCAACGCAGCUCUUUCCGGCUUUUCCUUAAAGGCAGGUCGCCCAAUCACAGUCCAGAGUUAAGGACAGCAAACCAAAGCACUAAUUCUAAAACCACCAAUCACAGGAAAGACUUUGGCAAGAAUGUGGACAGUCAAUCUAAAGAGGCGAGUUAUUCUAAAGAAGCUCAGCAGAAGAUUGCUAAUAAUGCUAAGGAAGUGCCUUCAAGGAUGUCUAAUAAUUCCAAAGAAGUGCCUUCAAAGAUUGCUAAUCAUGCUAAGGAAGUGACUCCAAUUAUCACUACCCAUACUACAGAUGUAGCUCCAAAGAUUACUAACCAUGCUAAGGAUGUAGCUCCAAAGAUUCCCAUCCAUGCUAAGGAUAUAGCUUCAAAGAUCACUAACCACGCUAAAGAAGUGGCUCCAAGUGUUCCUAACCAUGCUAAGGAAGUAUCUCCAAACUUCACGAAGCAUACAAAAGAAGUGACUCCAAAGAAUGCUAACCAUGCUAAGGAAGUAGCUCCAAACAUCAAUAACAAUGCUACAGAGGUGGCUCCACACAUGGCUAACCAUGCUAAGGAAGUGGCAUUAAAAGUCAAUAAUCAUGGUAGAGAACAACCAUCUGCGGACACGUCCAAAACCAUGCAGCCUCCCUUGGCCUUAACUGAAGUCUCAGAGACCGACAGCAUCACCGAACUGGACGACACGUUUGUGAUUAUAGAAAAACCAAACCUGCUGAAAUUUAAAAACAGAAAGUCCUCCAAACUAGGUCCAAGAAGCAUGUCCUUGCAGACCAUCGGCGCAGUAGAAGACGAUGGCUCAAGAGGGCGAAGGCGGAAUCAGAAGAAGACCUGCAUUCAGUCGUGAGAUGAGUGAACAAACCCCCGGUAGAAAGCAAUAAAAUGAAGAGUUAUUGGAUCUUCAGAGAAUUCGAUGCUAGGUCAGCUUGGACGUGGACAAAAAAGCAGCCUAAGAACUACAGAAACCAGAGUGAACGCAACCAGAGCACAGUGUUUUUCACAGAGUUAGUGAUUUCUCUUCCAAAAUGUCUUCUGUCCCCUUCAGUAUAUAAGUCAGAGCGCUCACUUAAGCAUGCCUGUAAUAUGAAAUGUGAAGGAUGAAAUGUCAAGAGGGUUGGAAGUCAUGUGGAACAAAGAAGCUCCCUGCAGAACAUCUGCAAAGUUCAUGUCAUAGCGUGGCGUUCAUAUGUGAAUCAUGUCAUGUGAUGUCUCAGAGUCAUAACCUUAUAUAAUAAUAUUAAUAAUGAAAGAAAAAAAAAACACAGCAAAUCCAGCUGUUUUUUUUUUAAAGCAAAUGUGGCAGAAAUGUUUCCCCCCUGGAUCUUCACGCCAGUGACAUUCACAAGACCACAGUUCCCAGAAUCCAUGUGUCCAUGUGAAUCCAGUAGAGUGUAGUGACACAAAGCACAAGUCAAAGCACAAUGCAAAUUUUUUUGUUUCAUAUCUUAUGUUUUUUAAGUAUAAAGCUUAAAAGCUGCCAUACAUACUUCAAUCUGCAUUUUGUAUAUUUUAAUAACAUUUACUUGACUUUUAAUAGACAAAAAAACGCACCAGAUUACAAGGCACACUAUUUUUCACUAUUUUCAUUAUAAGGUGCAUUAUACAACACUAGUAAGGAACAGGGGUGUCACCUGUUUUACUCCUAAAAAAACUGUUUAUUUGGGCAAGUAAAGCGCUUCCAUUUAUUUACAGUAACCUUAGAUUUCCAGAUUUCCACUUAGGCUAGGUGAAGCUUUAGCAUUAGCAGCUAACUACUUCUUUAACUAUGCUAGUAAAUGCUUCCUGACAGCGCUACACUAAGGAACCCUGAGUGUUUCGGUAAGCCAGUGCGAUAUAAGUUAGCGGUUUGUCCCGCAAAGCUUGUUUUCACAUGGUAAACACACAUGCCGAUUCUCACCUCUGAACAGUGAAAGAGCUAGCGCUUAGCAGCUAAUGCUACUGCUGCUCCAGCAGUGCUAGCCAGGGUUAGCAGCAGGCGGUAGGCCAAUAAUACUCACAUCUGAAUGGCGAAAGAGCUAGCACAGUUAGCGGCUAAUGCUAAUACUGCUCCAGUCUCGGUGCUGGAGAACUAAACUGAAACUCCUGUAUAACUCUGUACUUCAGCAGAGUGGCUUUACUGCUUCUUACGACUGGUAGAAUUUAUACAUAAGGUACACUGACAAUUUUUGGGAAAAUUAUAGGAUUUGAAGUUUGAUUUGUAGUCCGGAAAAUACGGUAUAUUUUCUGUAGUAAUUUAUAACAUGAUCAGGGCGUAUCAUCAGAUAUUAAGGAUACAUGCUGAUUUAAAGCACUGUCAUCUCUUGUUAGCAGAGCUUUAGCCUGUAUUUUCUUAUUUGAAACGUGUGGUAGGUACAUCAUGGUAAUCUGUGUGGGAUUUAUCCUCCCAACAUGCCCACUACUAUUCCUCCAAUCCCAUUUCCACACCGCAGGUUGCCAGGUAUAGAACACAAACAGGGUGCUACAGCCAUGGAAACAGGUGAGCUGGCUACGUUCUCUCACAAACAGGUAAUCACUGAGUUUCAGUAAGGUUUGCUAACCAUGCCCAGCUGACCACAUCCUUGGCCACGAAAUUAACGUCAACAGAUGUUCAUUUCAGGUUGUAUAUUGGUCAUGACGUCAGAUGACAAACAUUUUACGUCAGGAUAACGUCUAAUACUCCUGCGUGCCAGCAGGGAUAGCUGGGUAAUUGAUCACCACUGCUAGUGUAAUUUUUUUAUUUUGUCAUUCACAUGUUUCACAUAUUUGAUGUAGCUAAGCUAGCUAAAGCUAUAUCUGGACUGUGACCGGGUUAUCAGAACACAAAACAGCCUUGUCAAAAUUCAAAUGUUUGAAUUACGCCAUUAACCCUUGUGUGGUGUUCGGGUCUGUGGGACCCGUUUUCAUUUUUUAUCAAAUGAUACUAAAAAAAUAUUUUUUCUAACUCAAACUCAUUGGCAUUGGCUCAUUUUUUGUGAAAAACAUAUAUCAAAACACAUUUUCGAUAAACACACACUGUACACCCACCCCCCCUAAACAUUUAUAUUACAUACAGUAUGUUUGGCCAAGGGCUAAUAAACAUUGCUUCAUUUGUAAAUUUAAAACUAAACAAAUUUUCUACUCAUAUCUUGAGUUUAAUUCAUUUUCUUUUACAUUUUAUUAAAAAACUAAUAAAAAAAGAGUAGCACUUUUUAAAAGAAAUGUAACAUAAGAAAGGUAAAGGGCAAAUAUUAACCAUGUAAGCUGUUUAUAUUGCUUGCAAUUUAGGUGAAGCGAGCAUGUGUAAAGCAUUUUAAUGUAAAAUUGCUUAAUUUUGCUGAAUUAAAUACAAGUAACAAAGUAAACGAGUAACAAAAAUAUGAACACCACACAAGGGUUAAAUAGGUUAUUCAAACAUGCAAAAUGCAGAUUCAAAUAUUUACGUCAGCUUUUAAGCUCCAUACUCCAUUCACUGGCCACUUUAUUAGAAACACUUUCCUACAGAACACAGCUGUUCUUAGCUGAGACUUUUUGGUUCUGUGAGCCACGCUCAGCCUAGCAGUCACACACACACACACACACUCACACACACUAUUGUAUGACAGCAGAUAAGCUACAGUCUGUAAUUGUACACCUGCAGUAUGAACUGGAUCUGUAGGAAGGUGGAGCUCAGAGGGUGGCCAGUGAAUGGGUGUAAGCACAGUGUAGGGGUUUUAAUAAAGUGGAUGGUGAAUGUAUAUGAAAGUGUGGAGUGAAUACACUGGAGAAGCUGCAGGAGCUUAGGAAGAGUUAUUGUUGUAUUUGAAGUCCAUGAAGGCACAAUGAUUGAUAUGUUUUGACUGUUUUUUAUAAGUUUUUUGUAUUGAGGACAAUUAAAAAAGCCAUUU